CAUGUAUUUAGAGAUCACGAUGCAAUUGAGAGAGGUGCCGACAUAGAAUGUGAAGUUGAAAAGGCAAUACGACAGUCAAAAAUGUCAUUGAUUGUCUUCUCGAGUGAUUUUGCUUCUUCAAGUUGGUGCCUAGAUGAGGUUGCAAUGAUUAUGGAACAUAAAAAGCAUCAUGCUGGGCACAUUGUUCUUCCUGUAUUUUAUGACGUUGAUCCAUCAGAAGUCCAAAAGCAAACAGGUGAUUUGGCAGAAGCAUUUUCUAGAGAUGGAAAGCUUUUCAAGGAUGAGAAGAUUGAGGGAUGGAGGUCAGCUCUUUGCAAGGUCACUAAUCUGGCAGGAAUGGUUUUACACAACAGACCUGAGUCAGGAUUCAUACAAGAUAUUGUUAAAAAGGUUGGAGAAAUGUUGAAACGCACAAUACUGCAUGUGCCCUCUUAUUUAGUUGGAGUUGAUGCUCAGGUGAAAGGCAUUAACAACUGGAUACAAGACAAACCCAAAGAUGUUAAUAUAGCAGUAAUAUGUGGAAUUGGUGGUGUUGGUAAGACAACAAUUGCCAAGACUGUUUUCAACCUCAAUUUCGAGCAAUUUGAUUGUUGGAGCUUUCUGAAAGAUGUCAGAGAAACGUCAAAGCAAUACAAUGGUUUAGUUCAAUUACAGAUGCAACUUCUUUCAGAUAUGAAGGGGGGAUUCCACAAGAUAAACAAUGUAGAUGACGGAACUAUCCAAAUAAGAUAUGCCACACGGUUCAAGAAAGUACUUAUUGUUCUAGAUGAUGUAGAUGAUGUUGGCCAACUCAAAUCAAUUCUUGAAAUGGGGAAAUGGCUUUACAAGGGAAGUAGAAUCAUCAUAACAACCAGAAAUGGUCGCUUGCAAAGUUUUCAUGAUCAACCUUGUAAAGAGUUUAGAAUUUUGCCUCUUCAUGACAGUGAAUCCCUUCAACUCUUUACUUGGCAUGCAUUUAGACAAUCACAGCCUUCUGAAUAUUACUUGCAGACUCUAAAAAAUAGAGCAUUAUUGUGGAGGGCUACCACUUGCUCUCAAAGUAAUUGGCUUUUCUUUGUCUAGUCAAACUAGGGAUUCAUGGAAAAGAGCAAUAAGAGAACCAGAAGCCCUUGAUGGUGGUAAAAUUCACGAGAUUCUUCGAGUAAGUUAUGACUCUCUUCAAGAUGAUCGUGACAAGAAUUUGUUUCUUGAUAUAGCUUGUUUCUUCAUUGGAGAAGACAUAACCUUUGUGGAGAGAAUUGUUGAAAGCUGUGAUUUCUAUCGGAAUGUUGGAAUUCAAGAACUUAUCGACAGGUAUCUGAUAUCUAUUGAUAAGGACAAUAAACUGGCAAUGCAUCAAUUGCUUAGGGAAAUGGGAUGGGAAAUUGUCCGUCGAGAAUCACCUGAGAAUCAUGGAGAGCGUAGCAGAAUUUGGUGUCAUGGUGAUUCAUUUAAGAUUUUGAGAAAAAAAAUUGUGAGAAGCUUACCUUUUGCAUUUACUUGAAAUAACAGUUUGCAUGCGUAUUUUUU